AUGGCCUCUCUCUAUCUCCAACUGCUGCUCCUCAUAGGCUUGCUUUCCCCAACACUGUCUGAUCCAACGGCCAAAACAUACAUCAUCCGAGUCGACACCUCAUCCAAGCCGUCCAUUUUCCCCACUCCCCACCACUGGUACUCCGCCGAGUUCACAGACUCCGCCGCCAUCCUCCACCUCUACGACACCGUAUUCCACGGCUUCUCCGCCGUCCUCACCCCUUCCCAGGCGGCCGCCGCCCUACGCCACCCAUCCGUCCUCGCCGCCUUCGAGGACCGCCGCCGCCACCUCCACACCACCCGCUCCCCCCAGUUCCUCGGCCUCCGCAACCAGCGCGGCCUCUGGUCCGACUCCGACUACGGCUCCGACGUCAUCAUCGGCGUCCUCGACACCGGGAUUUGGCCCGAGCGCCGCAGCUUCUCAGAUCUGAACCUUGGCCCCGUCCCCACGCGCUGGAGAGGCGCGUGCGAGUCCGGCCCGGGGUUCAGCCCCAGGAAUUGCAACCGGAAAAUCGUCGGCGCCCGGUUUUUCUCCAAGGGCCAGGAGGCGGCGCCCGGAUUUGGGGGAAUCCCCGGCGGAAUCAACGAGACGGUGGAGUUCAGGUCGCCAAGGGACGCCGACGGCCACGGGACCCACACGGCGUCGACGGCCGCCGGGCGGCACUCCUUCAGGGCGAGUAUGCAGGGCUACGCCGCCGGCGUCGCCAAGGGCGUCGCCCCCAAGGCCCGCCUCGCCGUCUACAAGGUCUGCUGGAAGAAGUCCGGUUGCUUCGACUCCGACAUCCUGGCGGCGUUCGACGCCGCCGUCCGCGACGGCGUCGACGUCAUCUCGAUCUCGAUCGGCGGCGGCGAGGGCAUCUCCACCCCUUACUACCUGGACCCCAUCGCCAUCGGCGCUUACGGCGCCGUCUCCCGUGGGAUCUUCGUCUCGUCCUCAGCCGGAAACGAGGGCCCAAACGCCAUGUCCGUCACCAACCUCGCCCCCUGGCUCACCACCGUAGGCGCCGGCACCAUCGACCGCGAUUUCCCGGCGGAGGUCGUCCUCAACGACGGCCGUAGAUUCCCCGGAGUAUCCCUCUACGCCGGCGAGCCACUCGCCGGUAAAAUGUACCCUCUCGUCUACCCAGGAAAAACAGGGGUCCUCUCCGCCUCCCUCUGUAUGGAGAACUCACUCGACCCAGAUUCCGUCAGGGGCAAAAUCGUAAUAUGCGACCGCGGCAACAGCCCACGUGUCGCCAAGGGAUUGGUCGUCAAAGAGUCCGGCGGCGUGGGGAUGAUCCUCACCAACGGGCCCUCAAACGGCGAGGGUCUAGUGGGAGACGCACACCUGAUCCCAGCAUGCGCCGUAGGCUCGGACGACGGGGACAAAAUAAAAUCCUACCUGGCAUCCGACCCUAAAGCCAGCGCAACCCUCAUCUUCCACGGCACCGUAAUCGGUACAAAACCCGCCCCAAUUGUCGCCUCGUUUUCCGCUCGAGGCCCAAACGGGCUCAGCCCAGAGAUCCUAAAGCCCGAUCUCAUUGCCCCCGGAGUCAACAUCCUAGCCGCGUGGACCGACGCUAUCGGGCCCACGGGCCUCGACUCGGACCAUCGCAAGUCCGAGUUCAACAUCCUCUCGGGCACCUCGAUGGCCUGCCCGCACGUGAGCGGGGCAGCUGCCCUGCUCAAGUCGGCCCAUCCUGACUGGAGCCCGGCAGCCAUCCGGUCAGCCAUGAUGACCACCGCGGGCCUAACCGACAACUCGCUAGGCCCAAUGAUGGACGAGUCGACCCGAAAGCCCGCCACACCCUACGAUUACGGGUCGGGCCACUUGAGUUUGGAUCGGGCCAUGGACCCGGGCCUAGUGUACGACUUGACCGAGGACGACUAUGUGGGCUUCCUUUGCGCGAUCGAGUACGGGCCCAAGACGAUUCAAGUGAUCACGCGGGCCCGCAUGAACUGCCCGGAGAGGAAGCCAAUGCCCGAGAAUCUGAACUACCCGUCGAUCGCGGCAGUUUUUUCGGCCGGGUCAAAAGGGGUCUCGAGCAAGACUUUUUUUAGGGUGGUGAAAAAUGUGGGGGAGGUUAAUUCGGUGUAUAGGGUGAAAGUCGAGGCUCCCAAGGGGGUUAGGGUUAGCGUGAAGCCUUGGAAGCUCGAGUUUAAGGAAGGGGUGAAGAGUUUAGGUUAUUACGUGACGAUAACCGUGGAUGGAGGGAAGUUGGUUUUGGAUGAUUCGGGUGCAGUUUUCGGGUCGAUUUCGUGGGUCGAUGGGAAACGGGUUGUUCGGAGCCCCAUUGUGGUGACUCAAUUGGAUCCAUUGUGA